AAUCUGGGUGCCCUUCCUCGUGGAUUUAUCGUGUGCCUGUCGUCGGCCAGUCGCGAGCGCAGCUUUUCCUCUGCGCCAGCUACGCUGGAAAGACGGUGGAUUCAGGGCCUUCUUAUUCGUCCGAUUGUGCAAGUAGUUUGCCUUUCUGACCUGUGCAAGCAGCAAGCGACGUCAGGCAGCCGCCUUUUCCCAUAUCCCGUUUUCGCGUGCCUAUUGGUUGUGGACUACAUUUCUUGCUCAGACAUUGGCAGCAGGUCGAUUGUGACGAUAGUCCUUCGCCAAGCCUGGGUGCAUAACAUGGAUCUGGAGACAGAGAACCGUCUUGCUUCCUUAUUAUUGGAGGAGGCUAGGAGAUUGUGUGCCGAAGCAGAAAAAGGUGUUCAUGUUUACCUCCAUAUGCCCAGUGUUAGAUGUCAGCUAAAUUCACGUUUUCUAACUGCCGCUGUUCUUGGCGUACAUACAACAAGAUUGAUUUUGGAUUAUUUAAAUGGGAUGGAAGUUGUGCUUGAUCAGCUUUCAUGUUUCCUCCAUGUCCACAUGAGAUCUAGCCAGAGACAAUGAUCACAUGACCAGAUGAUGAAAGUUGAAGGAUGCAGUGAACGGAUUGCCUAGGCAGAUAACAUACAUUUGCUUAAUUAUGAGCAGAGGGAGAUUUGAUGAGGAGCAAUGAUGAAUUGAGUUGAUCAAAGGAUGACAAAAAGAAGAAAAAAAGAAAGAGGGGGAGGAAAAUUAAGAAUAAAAAGACAGAAUAUUUGGUAGUUCACUGUCUCUUACUGGAUGUCAUUAGAGUUCGUGUCAUUCCAUACAGGCUCGAAUUCACAACAUAUCCCUUCCAGUUCAAGGCACAAGGAGAGCAUGGAAAGUCUCUCGUAUCCGCCAAGCAAAUCAGAUCUAGACGAUUUUUCAAAUAGAGACGGUCUUAAAGAUGAUGAAGUCGCAGAGUUCCUUCAUGCAAGGUCAGCAUCACAAGAAAAACCGAAGGUAAAAUUAUAUGCGUUCAAUUCAGUAAGGGGAAUAUAGAGGUGAAUUUAGAUUCCUCUUUAACUUGAACUGGCUUGUAUCAUGAACACUAAUCCUAUUCAACCAUCA